AUUCCGCCCCCUCCGACGUCCUUUACUCUCGACAUCUCUGGCAUUGCUGGCUUUUUCGGAGGGGAUGCCUCCGUCGCCGCUAUGAACACAAUCCAUAUCUAUUCCGGGCGUCGCUGGAUGGGAUGGUACAACCAGCCCGGCACCUACGAGGUCGCCAGAAGAUAUGGCCAGCUGGCGGUGUCCCGCUUGUGGGACGCUCUCUACCCUGGGCCCAACCUCGAUCCUGCU